ACGAGACUCACCUGCGGGAAGCAGUUUCAGUCAUGACAGUCCCAAAAACUACCGUUGCGGAAAACGUCGCCUCGCAGGAUGAGAGUGCAGCAACUCUUCUGCCCGAUGUGCAACAAUCCCUGCAAAAAGCAGCAGCGUACUCCUGCCAGGUGGUGCGCGAAGAUGGCCAUUGGUGUGCAGAAGUGGAAUCCAAUGCCACCUGCACAGCGCAAUAUGUCUUCCUUCUUCAUACCUUGGGUUUGCAAGAUCGAUUGGACCGAGAGGCCCUGAUCUUAUGGAUUCUGUCCCAGCAGCAGAAAGACGGCUCUUGGAGCCUGGCAAACGACUAUGAUGGUGAUAUCUCCACCACCACUGAGUCAUAUUUGGCGUUGAAGCUACUUGGUCUUUCUCCCAACCACCCUGCCAUGGGCAAUGCACGAAGCUUUGCUCUCUCUGCUGGGGGCGUGGCCCGUGUGCGCAUGUUAACCCGAAUCUACUUGGCCAUGUUCGGUCUGUUUCCUUGGACAGCCGUGCCUGAAUUGCCUCCAGAGUUCAUUCUUGCUCCCGCCAGUGCAUCCGUCAACAUCUAUCGGAUGUCAUCGUGGGCUCGGGGAUUAUUACCCCUUUCCUCUGCGUCCAACGACUACCUGGAUGAACUGUGGUGCGAUCCCACCGAUAAAAACGCGUCGUAUGCUCCUGCAGAUUGGGACAUGACCAAAGUCGGUUUCUGGGUCUUUGACUACUCGCUUCAUCUGUUUGGGGGUCUUAUUCGUCGUUCCCCCUUGAGACGAUACGCCAGACGCAAGUGCGUUCGCUGGAUUCUGGAGCAUCAGGAAGAUGAGGGAGACUGGGGCGGGAAUUAUCCGGCCAUGGCCAACAGUAUCAUGGCGCUGCGACUAGAAGGAUUCGACGUAUCAUCUUCUCCUAUCCAGCUAGGGCUUGCAGCGCUUGAGCGGUCCUCUUGGCGGGAUAAGCGGGGCCUGCGCCUGCAGGCUAGUGUCUCCCCGAUAUGGGAUACUGCGUUGAUGACCGUCGGCCUGUGUGAUGCCGGCGUGCAGGCUGACAGUGAGCUUCUCACAAACGCCAUGAACUGGGUCAAGCACCGCCAGAUCCUCAAGACAGAUGGUGACUGGAAAGUGUACCGGCCUCACCUCGCCCCAGGAGGCUUUUGCUUCCAGUAUUUCAACCGAUUGUGCCCUGACCUGGACGACACGGCGGCGGUCAUUCUGGGAAUUCUGAAGCAGGACCGCCUUGCUGUGACUUCGACGUCGGUCAUCCGGGCGACAGAGUUUCUGCUAGGACUCCAAAACAGCGAUGGAGGCUGGGGCGCCUACGAGGCUGAUAACAACUGCUUGCUGAUGAACAAAGUCCCAUUUGGCGACAUGAAUAAUCUGGCGGAUCCCACUACGGCCGACCUCACCGGUAGAGUUCUGGAGGCAUUUGGUCUCAUCCUGGAAAUCCGUCGGUCUCGAGACAUAGUAUCUGAUCCUCUCUUGGACCAGAUUCGUCGCUCAUCGGAGCGAGCGAUUACUUGGCUAGCCCACGAGCAGGAAACCACCGGAGCGUGGUUUGGCCGCUGGGGAGUCAACUACAUCUACGGGACGAGCAAUGUGCUCUGCGGUCUCAUGAGAUUCGCAGUGGAUGAUCGACGCAUUCAAAUGAUGGUUCCCCGCGCUCUUUCCUGGUUGGAAUCUGUCCAGAACCCGGAUGGGGGUUGGGGAGAGUCGGUCCGUUCCUAUAGCGACAGCACCUAUGCAGGCAUUGGUCCGUCGACCGCAUCACAAACCGCUUGGGCUUUGAUGGGAAUGCUUGCCUUUCUGCCUCCAUCCGAUCCCGCAAUCAUGCGUGGUGUUCGCUACUUGCUGGACACGCAGACCAGGGCCAAGGGGCCUGGAUUGUCUUGGAGGGAGCAUUUGUCCACGGGUGUUGGAUUUCCCAACUGGUUCUACAUGAAAUACAACUUCUACCCGCACUACUUUCCUUUGAUGGCGCUCGGACGGUGGGCUCGGGCCAUGGGCUGCGACAAGUUGGAGGGCUGGUAAUCUAUCUUAAUCUGUAUUUCAUUUAAGCUUUCUGUUUUCGUCCGUAUAAUUCUUGUGGUUC